ACCUUCACUAAAAACAUGGCGGCCCCCGUGGUCCUCAGGCGAGAACUGUUUUCUUUGGCAAGGAUACUCACAGGAAUCUCACAUUUGGGACCGAGAGCUUUGGGUACCUGUUCAGGUCACGGGAAAUGUAAUAUAAUCAGGUCCCAUCUCCCCCUGACAUCCAGCACUUCCUUCCACACAGCAACAGUGUUUUCGUCAACACCAUCAAUCACUGUCACAGAGGAGCCUGAUCUACUGUUUCAGAAGGUGUCCGUUCUGGUCAGUCAUGACAGGGCUGUCUUGGACAGCUAUGAGUUUUUUGCCACCUUGGCAGCUCAAGAGCUGGGCAUCACCAUCAGCAAAGUUUAUGAACCUCCCAGGGAUAUAGAAAGGUUUACACUCCUGAAGUCAGUGCACAUCCACAAAAAACACAGGGUCCAGUAUGAGAUGAGGACACACUUCCGGUGCAUUGAGUUGUCUCAUUUAACGGGCUGCACAGCCCGGGCAUACCUCGAAUAUAUCCAGAGGAACCUCCCAGAAGGUGUAGCUAUGGAGGUGACAAAGACUGCCAUGGAGAAGGUUCCAGAUCACAUCCUUGAGCCCAUGUGGAAGGACCACCCCGUUGACAACAAGCCCAGCCAGUGAAUGCAGUCAUGAGUAACAGAGUUCUUUUAGACAUCAGUGAAUAUGUCGGGUAAUUGUGAAGACUUUAAAGCUGCAGUACUAUUAUACACUUGUCAUGAACUUCUCAUCAUGUGUAAUUCAUGAAACCCCAUCAAUGGAGAAAUGUCCUUUAUGUACUGAGAGUUUUGUUUUCAUUUGUUUUCACUGUCUUUUCUGUGUCAAAACAAUGUAGAAUCAAUUGUAUGUUUCUUGCCCAAAUAAAUGCACAUAACAUAUGCAUUUAAUGACAACCUUAA